AUGGACAUUCAGGUUGACUACCGGCUCACCUCAUUCACCACCAACCCAGCUGUGCUCACGCCUGCCUAUCGACCUUGCCACACGCCCUCUCUCAUCUCGACCAACCCGACCUUGACGAUUUGCCUCACCUACCACCCACUCAUACCAAACUCAUACACCAUGGCCGAAGAGCCACCACCACCCCGCCCCUCUCGCACCCUCACCAACCGCGUCGCCAUCAUCACUGGCGCCGGCGCCCAAGGCAACGGCAUCGGCAACGGCCGCGCCUCCGCCAUCCUCCUGGCCGCUGACGGGUGCUCCGUCGUCUGCGUCGACCUCAACCUAUCCCUCGCCCAAACCACCGUCUCCAUGAUCGAAGCCGAAGGCAAAGGCCGCGCUAUCGCCAUCCAAGCCGACGUGACCUCCUCCGCCGACUGCGAGCGCAUCGUAACCACCACCCUCUCCACCUUCGGACGCCUGGACAUCCUCUUCAACUGCGUGGGCAUCGGCGGUGCGCCCGGGACCGCCGUCGACGUCGACAUGGACGCCUGGGCCAAAGGGCUGGAAGUCAACGUCUCCAGCAUGGUCCGAAUGUGCAAAUUCGCCAUCCCAGCGAUGCUCAAAAACGACCGCUCGUUAGGCAUCCGCGGGUCAAUCAUCAACAUGGGUUCCGUCGCCGGGCUGCGUGGCGGGACGCCGCACUUGCUGUAUCCGACUUCCAAGGGUGCCGUUGUGAACAUGACGAAAGCCAUGGCGGCGCAUCAUGCAGCAGACGGCAUUCGCGUCAAUUGCGUGUGUCCAGGCAUGGUCUAUACCCCAAUGAUGUACGGACCCGGCAUGAGCGAGGCAGCACGGGAAGGACGCAAGAAUCGAAGUCUGUUGAAGAUCGAGGGCAAUGGCUGGGACAUUGGCAAUAGUGUACGGUUCCUGGCGGGCGAGGAGAGCAGAUGGAUCACGGGACAUGUGCUGACGGUGGACGCGGGAGCUACUUGUGCGGUGGGAACGGAUCUGCCGAGGAGUGCAAGCGUCAAUGCAUAG